AUGAAUACGUCGCAGUAUAUGGACAAACAGAUUAUGGAUUUGACCUCAUCCCCCCAACCCCAAGGCUUAUCAUCAUCCCCCACCCACCACUCCAUCGGCGGCGGUAAGGACUUCAUCGAUCUGAUGAAUCACCAUCCGCGGGACGACGAACACGAUCAGCACGCCAAUUACGCUGGGAACGAUACCAGGAAGGAGGAUGUCAUGGUUCCCAGCUACGAUUUCCACCCUAUUCGCCCCGUUGCUGGAGGAUUGGGAGGAGGAGGAGGAGAUUCCACUACUGGUGCUAGGGCUUGGAGUUCAGUCGACGGCAAGUCCAGUUUCGUCAAUUUCGCCAUGGCCGAUUCUCCAGUCCGGCACUAUGGCUCGCUUGACUCGAUGGAACCAUCCAAAGACGUCUUGGACAAGGAACGAACCGUUUCUGAUUCAUCGAUACUAUCUGAGAUCGACAGAACUAUGAAGAGACACACAGAUAACAUGCUGAUUAUUUUAGAAGGUGUAAGUUCCAGACUGAUCCAGUUGGAGAGCAGAACUCGCAACCUCGAGAGUUCUGUGGAUGAUUUGAAGGUUUCUGUUGGGAACAAUCAUGGAAGCACUGAUGGGAAGAUGAGACAGCUGGAGAAUAUCCUCCGAGAGGUACAAACUGGGGUGCAGGCUGUUAAGGAUAAGCAACAACUACUUGAGUCACAGCUUCACCUUCAAAACCUUCACGUCUCUAAUGUCAACCAACAUCAACAAGAGCCACAAAACACCGGCCAGGCUGCGAAUGCUGUGCAGCAACAAGCACCAUCUGCCUCUGCUCCACCGCAAUCCCAUCAUCAACAUGCGUCUCCUCAAUUAAAAAAGCUUCCCACAAUCACUCCCUUCUGUGCCUGGUCCACCUCCUCCAACCUCCCUCAACGAGAUCCAUACUAUGUGCCUGCUGGCCACACUCACGAACCACCUCCAAACCCACAGUACCAGGGGCCCCCACCACAGCAAGCAUCUCCUGUUGCCACUCCUCCCCCUCCUCAUCAACUGUAUCAGUCUUCUCCACCACAAUACCCGCAGCAACAACCCCAGAUACCACAGCAACCUCAACAGCCAGCUGGCCACCACUCUGACGAGGCCUCUUAUCUCGCCUCUCAAAGCUAUCCACCACGACAACCGCCAUCUCAGCUACCUGGUGGUGGUCGCUUCCCGCCCCAGCAGUACUACGACACUCCUCCUCCCUCUACUGGGUACAAUCCUCCUCUAUCCGGAUCCAUGGAAAUGUACCCUUACAGUGGAGGCGGCAGCACAAUGGUGAAACCACUGCAACUCCAAUCUGUCUCUAUGUCUCCUCAUGGUGGAGGUUUAGGCUCCGGAAACAGGGUUCCAAUUGAUGACGUGAUUGACAAGGUGGCGACCAUGGGGUUUUCGAGGGAUCAUGUUCGUGAAGCGGUUCAAAAACUCACAGAGUAUGGGCAGUCGGUUGACUUGAACAUCGUCCUGGAUAAGCUGAUGAAUGACUCGGAUUUCCAGCCGCCUAGUGGGUGGUUCGGCCGGUAG